AUCGUCAACUCACACUCUUUGCCAUCACAACGAGGUCAACACAUCACCGAGUCGUCGCUCCAUCAACGCCGCCGACGUUUGUGGGGCGCCCCCUAUAGCCAAGAUCACAGACCUUCCCGUGUUCCGGGCCGUGCUCAGUCAAACUCGCGAUGGCGCCGCGGAUUUUCUAGCGUCCCAGAAGGUCAACGCUCAGCAAAGGAAAAGACUUGCGUGCUGACGGGACAACACUCCAUUGUGGGCGGGGUGGAACACAUUAGGCGUUCAGGCGUGGGUGGUGCUGAUUCGCUGCAAAGCCUCCGCGAUGUAUUGAUUCUGGAUGUGCUGCAAGGCUGACUGCGUCGCACGUGGACGGCGUCCCUCAGCCCUAAGGCUAGACGCUUAGUCUUAUUGAUGGCGGUGCGCAUCCUCAGAGACCCCAGUUUCACAUUUCCUCCUUUACGCUUUACGCUCCUGUCGCAAUGGCGACCGUCUCUGUUGUGGGCAUCGCCGGCGAUGCGCUUCAGCGAAAUGAUAGUGUUGCCGACAUCACCAAGGACAAGCACAUCCAGAUUUCGAUCACCCCGAUUGAGGACGAUGGGAUCAGUGGCGCGGAAAAACUUAGUGUCGACAGCCUGAACUCAGAUUCAUCGCGGCAGAAUAUCGAGAGUCAGGUUGCGCGACUGCGAGAGGAAAUUGCCGUCGCGAACAAUGUUUUGGAGCUGUGCAUCCGUGAGGCUGUCACGGCCAGCACCACACUCGAGAAGAAAAAGCUUCAGGAACGCACCAAUGCCGCUUACACCGCGUGGGCGGCGAAAGAAGUGAUUCUGAAUGACUUGCUGAAUUCCAUGCAAGAUUCGGAUGACAGCUCGACAUACAGCUCUUCCACCACCCAAAGUAGAAAACUGAGCAUCCAACCCUAUCCCUCUAACAAAAUGCACAUACGCAAAAGUUCGCAAGUGCCUCCAGAAGUGUCGGCGUCAGCGACUGCGUUCAUGAAACAAAUUGGCUGGGUAAGCCCGGCAUCGCUCAUCCAGUAUCUCAACAGCGGCAUCGACGUCAAUGCCAUGGGGCAGUUUCCUGGCUAUCCGCAACACCCAAUAACCCCACUAAUGGCCAUUAUCCGUUCUCCAUUUGUAUCCGAGUCGACAGAAAUCAUCGAGCUCCUCCUCGAACAAGACGCCGACCCAUGCAUCCGUGACAGCCAGGGCCUCUCCGCCUUCGCCCACGCCAUCUACACGCGCCGCAAAGACGCCAUCCGGCUUUUCAUCCGCACGCUGCUCGCCUACGAGCGCGCUGGUCACCCCACCGGCGCCGCCUCCCUGAUUGUCGACACCACCUGGACCGGCGCCAAGCACCUCGAGUGGGACGCCGCCGCGGCCAUCAUCUCCCACGACCAUGACACCCUCACCACUCUCCUGGCUUCUCCCGACUCCCACACCACCCUCACGCUCACAGCGUGUCUCCCUCUCGCCCUUCUCUUCGACAACAACCCUGCCAUCACCGCCCUUCUAGCUUACGGCCUCUGCCCCUCGACACCCUUCCGCCGCACCCCACCCCACCCAAGCCGCCCCUUCACAAGCCCUAUCUCUCUCGCAAUUCACACCGGCUCGCUCGCCCACACCCAAACGCUUCUCUUUCACGACCUGGCCACUUCUCCUCGCCGUAGCCGCACCUGGUAUGCGCAGCUCUUCGCGGCCCUCCCCGGACCGACCCCGGACCCCGACCUCACAGCCUUUAUCCUCGAUAACGUGCCGCUCGUCGAGGCGCUGGAUCGCGCGAUCCGCUGCGAGGACCGCGCUUGGAUUCACCGCAUUGUGCUGCGCACGGUUGGGCUGCUGCUGCUGUCGGAGCCAGAUGUGACAGGCGCGCGCGGGCUGGCGGCGGAGGCGUUCGCGGGGCUGUUCGAUCGUGCGUGGAAGCUGGGGUUGUGCGAUAAGGUGGUGCUGGCUAGGGAGGUGGUGAAGCUUGUGGAGGGGCAAGGAGGGAGAGACUUCACGUUUGUGGCGUGUGGUGGCGGGUUAGGAGUCUCGGUGCGGAUGGUGGAUUGGCUGCUCAUUGCUGCCGCAGGGCAAGAGUGAUAUUCGAGGGCAUAUUGGAGCACGAGGGAAAAUCUUGUUUGAGCGGGGCGUUGGACGGUGGCGUGUUUGGGCGUGUCUACCUGGUCAUGUUCGGUGUACAUAGGAUGGAUGGGCUAUGUUUAUA